AACCAUCUCGCUCGAAAUACCUUCUGCCAAUAUAAACCUGCCUGCUGUUGAUAGGCAGUAUUAUCAUUCGGCAACAUUUUGUAAACCUCGGGGCUGAAGAAUGUCCUUCUCUUCGUUCAGCUCUCUCUCUAGCUUCACUGAACUCGAAUCAACCAGCUUUGUCUCAACUAGCCUUACUGAAGACAGGCGCCGCAAUCGUACUAAGCAUCGUGAGACACGUAGAUCCCGUUCACGUUCACGCUCUCGCACACGAACCGAACCUUCAACUUCUUCACGACGAGAAACAAGCAGCCGUCAUACUUCGGAUACGAAUGGACGUGCCCAUACCUCGCGCAAGUCCCAUCGACGACACAGGGAUGGAAAAUCACCCUCCAAACGCACAACCGGCAGUGCUACCAAUGCUACCAGUGACCGACGUAAACAUCGCCAUACUUCCCGCUCUCGCUCUCGCGACCACACUCGUAGAACCGGACAUUCCAGCAGGCGCCACACUCGCCACUCGUAUCCAGAAUCCAGUCUUCCACCAGAGUCUCCGUCGAUCUCUAGCUUUACGGAGGGGGUCCUGGUAGACCUCGAUCCUGAGCCGUCAUCGUUCUCGGAGUUGGAUUUGAGCGAGUUACCACCGGGUUCAGGGCAUGCGUAUGUUCAAGAAGAGGGACCCAAAAUCUGCAAACACUGUCACCGAUCGCCAUACCAGAUCCACGGCCGCACAGACGUCCUCCCCGCCCUCCAACUAGACCCCUACUCAGCCUACCUCGCCGCCUACCGCCUCACCCACCUCAACUACACCCGUCCUCCCUCGCCAUCACCCAUCUCACCCGACGAUCUCUACCCAGAACUCACCCAACCCCUCCCCUUACACCUCCUUCCCGCCCUCUCCCCGGUCGAUCACCGCGCCCGUCGUCUCGCACUCGCUCUCGACUCCGAUUGCACCGUGCUAUCUGACUGGGCGACCGAAGAAUACGUCAAACUUGGCCCAGCCGGCCGUCGACUCGUUCGGUCAGGUGUUUUUGAGGUGAAGUUACCUGGUGCGGAUUAUGACGAUGGUGUGGAUCUGGGGAGGGAAGAGAGGGAGGAAGAGAGAAUGGAAUAUGAGUGGGCUAAGAGUGUGUUUGAGGAGGGAAGAAGAAGAGGGGAUGGGUAUAGAGAGGUCGAUGAGAUGUUUAGGAGGGCGGCGGGGGUAUUAAAUGAUCUUUUGGAGUGGCAGGAGUUGAGGGAGAGGGGGAGGUUGGAGUUGGGGGAUGAGAGCAGGGAUUUGAGUGACUGGGUGGCGGGCGAUGGGAUGGAGGUGCCUUUCGAUGGCCUGGAUGUGAAUAGGGAAGUGGAUACAAGGCUGAGGAAUGAACUGCCAGAGAUUUUGGAGGAAAGCGAUGGGUUCGAUCGAUUGUCGAAUGAGACGUUGGGGAGGGCAAGGGAGUUUGACCAGGCUUCUCGAUCACCUUCGCGGUCUCCGUCUAUACGAGGUCAUCGGAACCGUCGCUCACCGUCCCCUGAACCUCCCACCCCCAUCACAGAAAGCUCAAUCGACACCCUUGAUACUCUCGAAUCUUCAUCAAUGAGUCCCGCCUCCGAUAUGCCCUACGGUAUCGAAAUCGCCGGUUUCUCUCCCUCUAUAGCACCCACGCCCAUAUCACCAGAAUUACCUGUUCCGCCUCCCAUAUCAAGUUGGAGGGCCGAACUUGUUGGCGAACCGACUCAUAUUACCCAGGCUCAGACUCGGAAUCGAUCAACCACUCCCGUACCCAUUCCUCCUGCUUCCACUCCUGUGCCUACUCCUGCCCCAUCUGCCCCAGUGCCUGCGCCCUCCUCUCUCCAUCGUCCUCGUACCCCUCAAGCUGAACCUCCACAGACGGAUGCAGUUUCGGUUCACCCAAACAGUGUACCACGCUCUUCAGUUCCGUCUCCAGCUCCACCACCUCAACCAGUGGCUAAGACCCGUUCAGCGCGUAAUUCGACUCCAGCAUCUCGACCAUCACCGGCAUCAACACCGCAACCAGUAUCGGUGUCCGCUCCUGCACCGUCUCCACCGAUAGCGCCUAAGGCUCGUUCAGCUCGUACCUCUGGCCCAGCAUCUCGACUAUCGCCCGUUCCAACACUCAAAUCAGCGCCAGCGCCUACACCGUCUCCCCCGACAGCACCUCUCGUCCGUCCACCCCUCGUAUCGUCCUCUCGAGCUUCGCCACUUGGAAUUUCAUCCUCUCGAGCCUCUCCACCUGUCAUUACAUCCGCUCAAGCUUCUCUACCCAUGAUUCCGUCCUACCAGACGUCCCCUUCUCCGCCUCCGCCCCGCUACACCUCCCGCGCCCCUCAAUCCCGCUACAUUCCCCAAGCUCAAUAUAGUUCCUUCACUUACCCCCGCACAGCAAGCGUCCACAACUCCGCACACGACGAAAACGAAGAUAUCGCCGUUCCUUCCGAUCUCGAGGGGUCCGAUGGUGGGCUCACGACUCCUGGAGGCUCACCUCGCUCACGUGCGAUGUCUAUCCUUAGUGGUGGCAGCGCAGGAGGGGGAGGAAGGAGAAGAAGAGGGUAUAGGCGUGGAGUGGGGUCUGGACUGACGACGCCCGAUCGGAGUCGGUCGCCUGUUUCUCGCUCAAGGCUUGGGACGGACGUGGGAGGUGGUACUGCCACGGGGACAGGCACGGAGACGGAGACGACUAUGCCUCCGAUACCGGUACUUGCGAGAGGAGGUCAGGAAGGGGUAUUCAGGCUACGUGGAGGUGCGACGCGUGCGUCUGAGAUCGAUAUGGUUUCGGAUAUAGACGCGGAGGCGGACGUUGAGGAUGAGUUCGAGGCAGAGUCUGGUUUCUAUCAAAACGAUGUUCGCGGACGAUCUCAAGAUGAAGAAAUUUCGGGAUCGAUGUCGCCCCCAGAAUCGGAUAUGGAUACGGAAGUGAAGAUGGAAGUUGAAGUGGAUAUGACACCCUGCCCGCCACCUCCCUCGCCUGAACCUUCCUUCUUCUCACCCACGCCCCGCAUCCCAACCAACAUCCCAAUUAUCCCUCCACUUCCUUCACCUCCACCUUCAGCAGCAUUAGAACUGGACGAUCAACCACCCCUACCACCUAUCCAGUUCUGGCUCCCGACCUACCCUUCAUUCGACUCCGCCUCCAUGCCCCAUCGCCACUCCAAAUCCUCAGCGCACAAGUCCUCUUCCCGCAGGACCAAGGACAAGAACAAGACCGAGCGACCUAUAGAUCCCCUCGGGAACGCACCUCCGCCCGUCUUUAUCGCCCUUGGUGCUAGGCGCGCUUGCAUCCCUUAUACACCUGCUUUCCAGGGCUUGGAUCUGCGGGUGGUCAGGCCUGUGAGUGCGAGGGAGAAAUUGGUGGUGAGAGACGCGGUGGAGAUAUUGGGUCGGUUGGGAGCGAAGGUGAAAGGGAUGGGCAUAGGGAUGGACGGAGAGGAGGGGCAGGAGGGUGUUGUUAGUAGGAAGGGUGAGAUGUGGAGCUUGAGUUACGUUGGGUGGUAGGGGCGAAGCAGGAAGGAGCAGGAAGAUGAUAGGUCAUCACUUUGCUUUUGUUGAUGUUUCUACUGUGACUUG